UAUUCGUUUCAAAUUUCAAAAGAAAUGUAACGGUUUUCAGUUUUCUGGCAGACGUUGACUGUGAAACAGUAUUUGUUCGUUUAAAGCUAUUUUUUGUGUUUGAACUUGUGCUUUCCUUGUGUGUCGUUCGGUUUAGUGCAGAAUGUCGCAAUUUAAAUUCGUGACGGAAAUGAAUAAUUUGGUGACAAUGGAUGGUCCAUUAACUAAGGGUCCUCCACCCCGCUGGCAACGAAAAGGCCAAGAAAAUUACCAGUCAAGUAAUAAUCUCAGUCUUAACUCGUCAAAGCAAAAAUCGUUUUCAACAUCAAUAACGAAAACGCCAACUAAAAGCGAGGUAAAAUCGAAAAAAACUCCAACAAAAACACCAAACAAGAACCGAUCAAACGGUUCGAAAACUCCAACACCGAACAAAACCGCCUCCAAAACGCCUGUAGCUGAUCGUUUUAUACCAGUCAGGAGCAUGAGUAAUUUUGAUUUGGCUCAUUACAAACUCAGCCAAAAUGAAGAUACGUCCGAUAGUCCCACGCAGAAAGAAUUGCAAAAAGCAAUGUUUGAAAACUUGCAUGGGGCCAAUAUCGAUUCCCAGAAGAUUCUUUCGUACACAAAUAAGCCUCCGACAGCUCCAGCCGGUUUUCAAAACCCCAUGCGCGUCAUUUAUACACAAACUAAGACUCCCGCAUCGGUUAAAAGCAACAAUCGUUAUAUUCCACAAGCUCCAGAUCGAAUUUUAGAUGCUCCGGAUAUUGUUGAUGAUUAUUAUUUGAAUCUGAUGGACUGGAGCGCCGGAAAUGUUCUAGCUGUGGCUCUGGGGGCUCACGUUUAUUUAUGGAAUGCUGGAACCGGUAACAUUGAAGAUCUUCUGGAAUUGCAAGGCAACGAUUACGUUUGUUCUUUGGCCUGGAUUCAAGACGGUGACCAUUUGGCUGUUGGUACAACAAAUGGAACAGUAGAGUUAUGGGACUGUGGACGCGCUAAACGUCUUCGAGUAAUGGAUGGUCAUUCAGCACGUGUUGGUUCACUCUCUUGGAAUUCGUAUGUAUUGACAAGUGGAUGUCGUAGCGGCCAAAUAAUUCACCACGAUGUGCGUCAACGUGAACAUAUCAUUACGACACUUUCUGGGCAUACACAAGAAGUGUGUGGUUUGAAAUGGUCACCAGAUGGCCGCUAUCUAGCCAGUGGAGGCAACGACAACGUCUUGAAUAUCUGGCAAAGUCAGACUGGAAGCCAUCACACCAAUAAUCAGCCGCUUCAUAUUUUUACAGCUCAUCAAGCUGCUGUUAAAGCAUUGGCUUGGUGUCCUUGGCAAGGGCAUGUUCUGGCUAGUGGUGGUGGUACAGCAGAUCGUCAUAUUAGGUUUUGGAAUUGCAACAUUGGCUCGUGUAUUAAUUCAGUUGACACGAAAUCGCAAGUUUGUGCUCUUUUGUGGAGUUGUAAUUAUAAGGAAAUCAUUUCGGGACAUGGUUUUGCUAAUAAUGAAUUGAUUAUAUGGAAGUACCCAGCUAUGACUAAAGUAGCCGAAUUGACCGGACAUACUGCAAGGGUAUUACAUUUAGUAAUGUCGCCUGAUGGCAGUACUGUGCUGUCAGCAGGUGCUGAUGAGACACUAAGACUAUGGAAAUGCUUUGUUAAGAACUCUACAAAGACCAAGACUGGAGUGCAGACUCUUGAAAAACCGAGCAUUCUGAAGCAAUGUAUCAGAUAAUUCAUUAUUAAUAAUAAAUUAUUCUUUUACCAUGUUUUUAUUAUUCUAACUCUUGUGUUUGUUUUUGUUUAAUAAAUACUACAAUUUGUAUGA